AUGAGAAUCGGCGGCGUCGAGAUGAUGCAAUUUGCGUCGGAGAUGAUGUCAUCUUCGGCGGUGGAAGCGCUUGAUCUCAAGGAGGCUUCGAAUUGGUGGUCGGACGUAAAUGCGUCGCCGAUUUGGCAGGAUCGUAUCUUCCAUGUCCUCGCUGUUCUCUACGGAAUCGUUUCCGUCAUCGCUGUGAUUCAACUUGUGAGAAUACAAUUGAGAGUUCCAGAAUAUGGCUGGACGACGCAAAAGGUCUUCCACUUUCUCAAUUUCGUGGUGAAUGGAGUCCGUGCUGUGGUUUUUGUCUUCAGGAGAAAUGUGCAGUUCAUGCAUCCAGAGAUUCUGCAACACAUCUUGCUUGAUAUUCCGAGUCUUGCUUUCUUCACCACCUAUGCUCUUUUGGUCCUCUUCUGGGCAGAAAUUUACUAUCAGGCGCGUGCGGUAUCCACUGAUGGAUUGAGGCCAGGAUUCUUCACAAUUAAUGCUGUUGUAUAUGUAGUUCAGAUUGCUCUCUGGUUGGUUUUGUGGUGGAAGCCUCUUCGAGUUAUGGUAAUCCUCUCUAAGAUGUUCUUUGCAGGUGCUUCACUGUUUGCGGCCCUUGGAUUUUUACUUUACGGUGGAAGGCUUUUCAUAAUGCUGCAACGGUUUCCAGUAGAAUCUAAAGGGCGGCGCAAAAAGCUGCAAGAGGUUGGUUACGUGACAACCAUAUGCUUUACGUGUUUCCUCAUCAGAUGUAUCAUGAUGUGCUUUGCUGCUUUCGAUGAGGGAGCAAACCUUGACGUCUUAGAUCAUCCAAUCCUUAACUUCAUAUAUUACCUGUUGGUAGAGAUAUUACCAUCCUCGCUGGUCCUCUUCAUUUUGAGAAAGCUACCACCAAAACGAGGCAUCACACAAUACCAUCAGAUUCGCUGA